AUGGCCGACUACCCUUUUCAAGACACUUCUUCAGGGCCCCGAUUAACGUCAUACGAGAGGCGCGGAAAGAGCAAUGCAGAACUGCAAGACCAAUACGAUGCUCGUAAUCAUAGGCCACCUCCUAGCGGCCGUGCACAGCGAUCGUAUUCGUUUCAGAAGAGAGAGGAGAUUUCUGUGACUGAGGUUUGGCCACGUCUUCUCGGUGCUUAUGAGCUGAAGGAGGCUCGACCAAAUCUCUAUCAGGAGCUUUUGAAAAGAGCUUUACUUGUGUCAAAGGAUAUCAAACAAAUCGAUUUGGACAUCAAUAGGACUUAUCGGGAUCACUUAGCAUUUCGAAGACGCUACGACGUAAAGCAGCAAUCCCUAUUGAAUGUUCUUGCUGCUUACGCUAUGUACAAUACAGAAGUCGGAUAUUGCCAAGGAAUGAGCCAGAUAGCUGCUUUAUUUCUGAUGUACCUGGACGAGGAAGACACGUUUUGGUGUAUUCAUGCAUUGAUGGUCGGGAAGAGACAUACCAUGCAUGGUUUCUUUGUUCCUGGUUUUCCAAAGUUAUCACGUUUUGAGGCUCAUUUUAAGAAAAUAUUGAAGAAGUAUAGACCACGGGUAUACAAGCACCUAGAGAAGAGCGACAUUCCAUACAUUUAUCUUACCAAGUGGUGGUUUGGUUGUUUUCUAGAUCGAGUUCCUUUUUCGUUAGCGUUGAGGUGCGCCUGA